AUGUUCGGCGUAAAAAUUCGUCCGCAUCAUUCAUUAUCAAUUUUGGCUUUUAUUAUUUGUUUUCUGUUAGUUUUGAUUUUAUUUUCUCAAAGGAAAAGUUCGCCAAUUCAAACAGUUGAAAUUGAUAAUGAUGACGAUAUUAAUUUAGUUGAUUUAUUUAAUCAUGCUUUCAAAUUAACAUAUCAAUCAGGACAGGCAAUUAAAAUAAUCAAAAACACAAAGAACAAUUUUAAAAAAAUUCUAAAAAAACAACCUUUCAAAAAUCUACAAAGUGAACCUGUUACAAUGGCUGAUUUCAUUUCACACUCAAUUAUAACCAACGGAUUAAAAAAUAAAUUUCGAAAUCUUCAAAUUAUAUCAGAAGAAAAAGACGCAAUAAGCAAUCAAGAAUUUCAACUGAUUGAAAAAGAGCUUAAUGUCCGAAAUAAAUUUCCAGAUAUUCCAUUUAUUCAAAAUGAUAAAAAUUUUAUGACUGUUCCCUUAUCAUCAGUUGCUGUGUGGGUUGAUCCUCUAGAUGCUACCAAAGAAUUUACAGAGGAUCUUCUUCAAUAUGUUAUGGUCAUGUUAUGUAUAACAAUUGAAAAAAAACCAACUAUUGGAAUUCUUUAUGCACCAUUUACUAACAAAUUUACAUGGGCCUGGGUUGGCGUUGAUCAUUCAUCUAUUAAACGUGAUGAAAAUAUUCUUUUAGAAGUUCAUAAACCAAGUAUUGAUGAAAUAAUUCUAUCUCGUUCACAUGCUGGCCAUGCUCAUGAAAUCCUUAAAAAUGUUUAUCGUGAUAAGCAAUAUAAAAUCAUUCCAGCUGCUGGAUCAGGCUAUAAAACAGUUCAAAUAUUAGAAGAAUACGCUGAUUAUUAUCUUCAUUUAACUCCAAUUAAAAAAUGGGACGUUUGUGCUCCAGAUGCUAUAUUACGAGCAAAUCAUGGAACUAUGACAACGCUUAAGAAUCAAACCAUAUCUUAUGAUCAUCAAGAUAAAAAUAUGUUAAUUACUGACGGACUUUUAGCAACAUAUAAAAGAAAUCAUAAUGAUCUUUUAAAAUUCUUUGAAGCUUCGAAUCUCACGAGAUAUAUUCAUCAGAAGCAAAGUUAG